AUGACUGGAAGAACCUUGUCCAACUCUUCCGACAUCUCGGUGGUCUCGACAGGAUCUCGCUCCGACGCCGACGACCUGCUCAUGUCCGGGCUCAACACACCAGCGUACGAAAAGCCGAAGCCAGGACCGGAUGGGUUCAAGAUGUCAACGGCCCCCGAGUUGUGCUCUCCCAAAGGGUCGCACCUGGGACUGCGCUUCAUUGUGGUCAAUCCAUGCGUCGUCAAUCUCGUUUGUGCCAUCGACCUCUGUUUUCCGUCAUGCACUCCGGUGCCCGCACCCGGCUGUCUAUGCCACCGCAACGUCGGCGCCGACAAGGACUGA